UCUACCGUAAAAUUUAUAUAAACGACGCCGAAAACUGGGAAAAUGUCAUCGCGAAUAGCCGAUCUCUUGCGAUCUCUUGUACGCAAUGCGGUUCGUCAGUAUUAUAUUCGUAUUUUUGGUGUAUCGGAUCAGAUGUGGAGCGUUUGCGGAUGAAUUACCCUCUUUUCUCCACGUAUGUCACCGUAAUGAUCCCAAUUUGAUCCCGUGCCUGAUAGCAGCGGUCGAAGAAAUCAGACCUUUCCUCGUCAAAGGUGUUCCCGAAUACAAUCUACCCAGCCUAGAGCCUCUGCAUAUGAAAGACUUUUUCGCUGAAGAGACGGCAGGGAUGACGAUAAAAGUGACAGAAGUUAGCGCGUGGGGAUGCAGCGACUAUUUCGUUAGAGGCAUCGAAGCAAACAUGGAUACCAAUCAGUUCGUUGUUGAUGUGGAUCUACCCAAAUUGAGAAUCGAAGCACACUAUCACGUCGACGGAAAACUUUUGAUGGUUCAAGUGAGGGGUGACGGUGACAUAGAGGCUAAUAUAACUGACGUUAAAGCAAGAGCGGAACUCCAGGGAGAACUUUACGACAAAGAUGGCGAGAAAUACAUGAAAUAUACCGAUGUCAAACUCAAAGUCUCGAUCGGUGGGGGAUCUGUUAGACUGGCAAACUUAUUCAACGGUGAUCAAGUGCUGCUGGCCAUGAUCAAUGACGUGGUUAACAAAAACCUGGACCUGUUUUUGAAAGAGCUGAUGCCAAUUAUUCAAAAGUCGCUGGAAGGGGUCGUUAUGAAUACGGGAAAUGCUAUAACGGAUGCUUUCUCAUAUAAGCAAUUGUUUCCCCAGUAAUAUCAUUAUUGUCGCUAUCGAUUAUUUUAAAUAACCUGUUUAACCAUGUCAUUUUAUUGCAAGUGCUUAGUAAAAAUGCAGAAUUCGACGAUUCGGCAUAUUUUGUUGAUCCGAAUCCUCAUUUUAAUUUUAAUAAAAGUUUGCGGAUUA